CGGCACAACAGACGCAACAUUUGCCGAGAGCAACGCGCGAGCUGUGUAGAGCGGAAAAGGGGCGAAAAUGCGAUACGAUUUGCAUACAAAACACUCGACAGGCCACGGGCAACGCCUGGAAUUUUAACCAGUUAAAAGUUGGCAAAAACUAAUCAAAAUCACUCUCCAACCCCCACUAUUCUUCCCCCCUCUCAGUACUUGACAAUUAUGUAAAACCCGAGAAACACGCUCGCAAACAAUAAAACAAACAAAAAAUGAAUAAACUCGUGGUACCGUAAAACUAACCAAAAACACUGAGAAAACUAAGAAAACUGAGGCAAGUGGCAAGUGGAAAGAGAACUCUCGAAGAAUAAGAAAAGCAGUAAACAAACAAAAACUCUAGCCAAGUGCUAGCAAUUAAAAAUAAUUUACAAUCUGCUAACGAACAAGAGCCAGCGGGGGAGAGAGGGAGCAGGGAACCCAAAACUCGUAACUCGAAUGUCGCGCAAAAUGUUGCAAGUGCCGGUGGCAACGCUCGUGUUGCUGUCGCUGCUGCAGAUUGCCGAUGUUGCUGCCGCCGCGGAUGCACUGGGAGCAGAUGCAGCGGCAACGGGAGCGGGAGCAAUGACAACCGGAAUCGAUCCGAGUCUGAAGAACGCCCGGCUGAUUGAGGCCAAAGUGUUGCCCGACCUGGCCAACCUGCAGCGCAGUCAGGAGGAUGAAAAGUGGCAGCAGGUCUUCCGCUUCAUCGAUGACGGCUUUCCCGUCCUCGAACUCUACGGCUACAAGCCAAAAUCGGACAUUCCGUACACAUUGAUUGUGCCCAAAAUCGAUGUGCGGAGCAUCGAGAAGCCGCGGCUAAAGGAGUUCAUGUUGGAGCAUUUGGUGCCCGGAAAGAUCUUCGACAGCUAUAGUGCGGUCAGCGGCAAGGAAGAGCCGGAGGAGUCCUUCGGCAAUGGGAACGGACACAAAAUCGUUUUCCGUAAAUUGGAAAAAUCCCACAACAAUGUUUGGCUACUCAAUGGACAGCAGAUACUCCACAAGCUGCGUAUCAAUGAGAACCUGAUGGCCAUUGCAAUUGAUGGUUAUUUGGGUGAUAGGAAGUCGCCCUACUCCAAGCGCAAUAUACAGGAAACGAACAACCGCAACAACGACCCUCAGCCUCUGGAGCAACCGAACAUUACGAAUGCACACGCCAAGGUGGAGCCCAUUAUCAAAGAGUCGAAGGCCAGUCCACUGAUGUCGUUCCUGGCCAACAUGAAGACGGGCACCAAGGUAUUCCAGCACUUUCUCUCCAAGAGCAACCUGACCCGCAUCAUGGACGACAAUGCGUACACGGUGCUGAUACCCUCGGACAACGCCUUCCAGCGCUGGCAUCCCAUCGACUGGGGCUUCUAUCCAUUCUCCGUGCCGGAGUUCACGGAGUCGGUGCUGCGCAAUCACUUUCUGCCCAUGCAGCGACCCCUGCGGCUCUCCGAUGUCCGGAAUGUGGACGAGCUCGUUGUCCACACCAUGGGUGGCGAGGAUGUCGUCUUCCAUGGCCAACCCACACCCACGGUGAAUAAUGUGAGCAUUAUGUCCGACUACAACCUCUCCAAUGGCAAUCAGGUGUUCAUUAUAUCGGAGGUGCUCUUCGUUACAGAGGCUGUGGUCUCCAAAUUGCACCAGAUGCACAAGGACAAGGAGACACCUCCUUUGCUGGCCUUUCCCUGGUUUGGCGCCCAAUUCCUGUCCCAUUCCUUUUUGGCCUUGGAAAGAGAUCCCAGAUUUUCCCAGAUAACCAGAUAUCUAAACAAUGCUGAGAUUGCUCCUCACAUUUCGGGAGCCAACUACACGUUCUUUGUGCCCGAAGAUCGGGCCUUCGAGAAGCUGGGUUUCGAUAAAUUAUCCGAUGAGGUUAUGGCCUCUCAGCGCGGCGUCAAAAUGCUACUCAAUCACUUUGUCAAAGGUCGACUCUACAAUCGCGAUUUGCGGGAUAAUGAGGUCUUUGAGACCAUUGGUGGUGGCCACAUAAAGAUCACCCGCAAUCCGGGCAGCAACUAUACCAGCGUUAAUAAUGCCCAGAUCACUGAGAGCGAGGUGUUCGUCUAUAACCUGGGCACCAUGUACUAUCUGGAUGACAUACUGUACUCUCACAUGCUGCGGGAUUUCGUUAGCAAAUCCACAAAGACGAGAUCCAAUCGGCACGGCAGUGACUCUGGCGGAGGUUCAAGGAGCACCUCCCGUCCCAGCGACGUGGAGAUCGUACCAAACGAGUUCGAGAGCGAGCACAAUGGCGGCGACUAUGCCAUCCAUGGCGAUGACGAGGACUUUGAGGAUGAGAUCAUCACGCCCAAGGCGCUGCCCGUCCAGAUCUACGAGUUGCCCAAGUAGAGAGCGAUAACUAGAUCUUGAACUUGAUAGGUGGCUUUAUGUCAGGAUAUAUAUCGAGCUGUAGGAGGCGAAAAUAACAUAGGAGAGACUUGAUUUGGGAAUUUUAAUAAAAUAUUUUAGUUAAUUUCAAAGAACUAAACAAAUCAGAACUUUAAAUAAUUAUUUUCUUUUGAAAAAGUAGAAAUUCUCCAAGGAAUAAGUGUUAUUUUUCCAAGAAAGCAGACAGCCGAUAUGUGUAUAAUUUUAUUUGAAAUUGAUCUGGGUUUAAAAAAAUGAAAGGAAUCGAGAAAGGGAGACGCUUAAAGCGUUCAUUUUGUAUAGUUCUGGGCUACUUUUUUAAAGCAUUUCUCUAGUUUAGUUCUUAGUUGUUCGUGUAUAUUUUAAGUUUAGCAUUGAACGAGGCGAGGAGAAACGAAGUACGAACGAGUAUACUAAAAAAACAACAUCAGAAUCAACCGAAACAACCGAAAAAUGAGCAACAAAUAUAUAUGAAACCUAAUCCUAAAGAACUUAUCAGCGAUUUAGACAAAAAAAUAAAAAACAAAAAAGAAAAGCUUGUAGACACCAAAAAUUUACUACAAAUAUUUAACGCGAGUAAUUCCGUAAUAUUCGACUUAGAGGCAGGAUGAAAAUUUUCAAAAAAGAAAAUAUUAAAAAACAUAUACGUAUACUAUUUGCAAAUUCAAUUAGCGCUCAUCAUCAACCGUGUUUAUGCUUUUUUGAGUCUAUCCAUGUGAGGGGAGCAGGCAUAUAGCGAAAACAUAUCGGCUACACAUCGGUGGAAAUUAAUAUCGGAGCGAGGACCGAGGAGCAAGGAGCGAGGCCAGAUAUAUCUAUAAAUACUCGUACUAUUACGAACAGAUAUUGUAUUUUUUAAUUUAAUUAUAUUGAUAUUGAUAUAUGAUAUUUAAUGUGUAUCUGUGUAUAUGAACAACAAAAGCAAUGAGAACGGAGCAUCCAAUUUUAUAAUAGUUUGUUAAAAUAAAAACAAAAACCUUCCACAAAAAAA